CGCGGCCGGAGGCGGAUUCCUCAGGUGCUGCCCCUCCCGCUUCCCCAGAACCUCCGCGGCGGGGACCCCCGCGCCCCCUCCCUCCGCCCCGCCUCUCGGCCUCCCGCCGCCUAGGCGCCCGCGAGGGCCCUUCAGGGCUCCCGGCCCUCCUGGAGUGGAGUGAGCGGACGGUUCCCUACCCACCCUCCGAGGACGCCCCCAACCCAGGUUGCAGCCCUCAGCACAGUGUGCCGCGCCUCCAUUUCUAAAUCCGCAGCCUCCGUGACGUGUCCAUACAGAAAGAAUUGACUGGAAGUCUGGAACUGUCAGAAAAUAACUCAAGGCAUAGUUCAGUUGUGAGUUGCAAAAAAUGUUGUCAGAAUCCCUGUCCCCACUCCCUCCUCAGGAAAUCUGACACAAGCUGAACAUGAGCUUUGAUGACUGUCACCAUGGGAAAAGUCAGGAUAUCAUGUGCGGGAGAACCUGGAAGUAUUGAAUGGUAAAAUGGAUACAGUUGUACAAGAACCCAGCUGACAGAUUACGAAGAUGUGUCAAAUACAGUCCUUACCUUUGAUGAACUUAACAGUCAAAUGUGAUUGAACCAGUUAGCUUCAGCCUACAAGUUUUAAAAUCACUUUCUAGACGACAGACAAGACAACUGGGUGUGCACCAGCCUUGAACCUGCAAGCAGAUCCUCCCUUUCCCCAGGAACUCCAGCCUAUGCCAUGGCAGAUUCCCGUCACCCAUCUGCUCCCAGCUGCUGGACCACCUGCACCAACUUCUUGUGCACCCAAAAGGGAAUUCUCCUUUUUGCUCAGAUUAUAAUGUGCGUGUCAAUUCUGACUCUCUUCAGUGCAUCAGCACCAGGAUAUUCCUCUCUGUCGGUGAUUGAAUUGAUCUGCACUUGUAUCUUCUUUGUUGUCUAUAUGUGUGACCUGCACACCAAGAUACAAUUCAUUCAUUGGCCUUGGAGUGACUUCUUCCGAGCCUUUAUAGCAGCCAUCCUCUACCUGAUCACCUCCAUUGUUGUCCUUGUUGAGAGAGGAAGCCGCUCCAGAAUCACUGCAGGGGUACUAGGCCUAAUUGCUGCGAGCCUCUUUGGCUAUGAUGCCUAUGUCACCUUUCCCUUGCGACAAUAAAGAUGUACAGUAGUGUCUACAGACCCUGCUGAUACCAUGA